AUGUGCCUCAAGGGUACGUCAGCACGCUUUGUUUCGCCUUUGCUUGUGGCGCAAACCUUAUUUUUAUACUAUAGUUAUUCCUACGUGCUCGCAGCAGCAGCAUCGACAAUAGUGCUUAAUGCAUACCAGACCAUCAACGUCGGUAGAGCGCGCAAGGCCGCAAAGGUGCCAUACCCACAAGCAUAUGCCGAAAAAGCAGAGGCUGCGUCAUCCCCUGCUGCCUAUCGUUUUAACUGCGCACAACGCGCACACCAGAACACUCUCGAGAGCGUCCCUCAUGUCAUCCUCAGCGUGCUUGUCACAGGCUUGAAAUACCCGCACCUCGCUGCUGCUCUCGGCGGCGCCUGGGUUAUAGGUAAAGUUUUGUAUACGAUCGGCUAUUCUACUGGCGAUCCAAAUAAGGUACGUGUGGAUAAUCGUUAUUGGUAG